CACUUUCCUCAAAUGUGUCCAAUAGUGUCUCUAGAGGAGUCAUGAGGUUUAUUUUAAUGACCUUUGCUUGACUUUUCCAGCAAUUUACAGGUGUGCCAUCAUAGGUGGGCAGCGACAUGGAGGGACAGCAGCUACAGCAGGUUUUGAACCCGCAGAGAUUGAAGUCACUAAAAGAAUGGAUGCAGAAAAGCUCCAUCACUUUAAUACAGGUCAACGGGCAGAGGAAAUAUGGUGGUCCUCCUCCGGGCUGGCAAGGUCCUCCUCCUGGCCCGGGCUGUGAGGUUUUCAUUAGUCAGAUCCCACGUGAUGUCUACGAGGACCGUCUGAUUCCUCUCUUCCAGAGCGUCGGCACUAUUUAUGAGUUUCGUCUCAUGAUGAACUUCAGCGGGCAGAACCGAGGCUUUGCCUACGUAAAGUACGCCGACCCCUUCACCGCAUCCGCUGCCAUCAUGACCCUCCAUCAUUACCCUCUGCAGGAGGGGGUUUGUCUGACGGUUCGCAGGAGCACGGAGAAGCGGCAGCUGCGUCUGGGGGAUCUUCCGGCUAAUGUGAAUCAGGCGGGGAUGCUGAUGGCGGUCCAAAUGCUGUCUGAGGGUGUGGAGGAUGUCCUGCUGAAGUUGGCCGGGCCUAAAGGGAGAGAGGUCGUGGCUCUAGUGAACUACUCCUCCCACUACGCGGCAUCCAUGGCCAAGAAAGUGCUUGUGCAAGCUUUUAAGAAGCAGUACGGCAUUUCCAUUACUGUCAGAUGGACAUCCUCCAAGUCCAAGUGUGUCGAGAAGACCGGACAAGAAGGUGACUGCUUUACCCCACCUGGUCUGAAACCCCUCACUAAACCCUCCCUCAACCCUCCACCCCUGCCCCCUCAGCUCUCUCAUCAUGAUGUCCCAGCACCCCCUCCUCUCCUGCCCUUUUUCCGGGCUGUGGGGGGUCCGCCCGCCCCGUCGAGAGAUGAAAUGAUGGCUCAAGCCCCCAUGAACCGCGACACCGUGUCUCAGCUACAGAUGAUGUGCGAGGCGAACAGACUCGGUGCGCCGCAGUACGAAUUUCAUUACAAUUACACUGGCCCCGACGGCUUCUUCUACUUCAGCUACAGAGUCCUGAUCCCAGGCCUCCCUCUGCCUCUGUACGGGGCUGUCCAGAUCCUUCCAGGCACCAGUGCUCGAGCCAUGAAGGGGGAAGUUUAUCGGGCCGCUGCCGAGCAGGUGAUCCAAACCAUGUGCAAGGUCUCAAAUUUGCGACCUUUCUAAAAUUUGAGCUGCUUUUGCUAAUGUAAUGUAACGUUAUCAGUUUUACGUUCAGUAUUAUGGUUUGAAGGUGUGUACUGUUCUAGUUUCAGAUCAAUGAGUGGAAAUAUUUCAUUUACUGUUUAAAAAAAAAAAGUGGAACUAGGCAGUGAAUUUAUUUUAAUUUUACAAGCUCUUGAAUUCUGUGGUAUGAAAGAAGUUUGAAGUAUUAUGUUCUUGUUGAUAUAAUGUUUUAUGAUAUUUUAACUAUGUAAUAUUAAUCAUUUAUGUUUAGGCAGCCUCAUCACAUUUGGUUGACUGCAUGUUUUCACAACUUAUUUUGAAUGUUUUCACAGUUUUUUUUACUUCACAAUUUGUUUUGCGUGUUUGUCACGAUUGUUGACUGCAUGGUGUGCUCUUGUUUCCUUGUUUGAUGGGUUGUACUGACUAAAAAUGACUUUUGUACAGUAAAUAAGUUGUUCAAGAAAUAAUACUUGUGCAGGCUUUUGCUCACAUCCCUGAUUAUGACAUUCACAUAUUGCCAUUGCUCAUACUUGAUAAGAAGUCAAAACCCCUAACAUAAGAAUUAAACCUCAACACACAAAACAACAGAUAUGAAUGGUACCUCAAAUUACAUGGGAUGCUAUUCUAAGGCUUGCACGAUUUGGGCAAUAAAUCAUUUUUUUUUUAAUAGAACCCCAGGUUAGCUGUGCUUGCAUGAAGGGCUACAUAAUUUGGCCAAAAAUCUUAUGAUUAUAUAUCAAUGACUAUAAAAUAACAUUCUUACAGCUGUAAAAUACUAAUAUUUAUGGCUCUCUUAAUUAAGAGGAUCAAAAAGUCAGAUAGAAUGUACAAAAAAUUUAAAUGUUAAAGGUGCAUUUUGCAUGUGGCAUUAAAACAGAUCAUAAAGACAAGACAAAAUAUCUUCAUUACUCAUUUAUUGAUAGAUCGGACAUAAUCCAAGCACAUUUUAAAAGAGCAGGCAAUGAGUUGAAUAUUUUCUCGUUAAUAUACAUGUUAGACUGACACAACUGUAACUGGCAUGUGGUAAAUAGGGGCGGCGCUUUCCUCCGUCUAUAUGGUGACUGUUUAAGUUUGUGUUUUUUUUUUUUUUUUUUUUUUUUAAGAUUACAAGGUCCGUUUCUUGAUUU